AUGCGCAUCCUUGGCGCUCUCGGGCCGCCUCCGUCCCUACCAGGCGGGCGCGGGCGCCGGGGGCCGACUGAGUGGCCCCUGGAGAGUUUUUUCUUGAAGGUGUCCAGGGUCUGCUACUCCCGCACCUGCUGGGCCCUCACCGGAAACCCAGCCUACACUGGGUCACCUGGCUCCUCGGUUCCCAGGCAGCUGGGCACGCCUCCCAGUCAGAGACAGACCUGGCCAGGGUUGCGGGUCUCUAACAGGGUCCCUGCCAAAGAGCAGCUGGACCAGGUGAUAGCCACCAGGGUGCCAGUCUUGCAGCUUGUGCUGGCCACUGGGAGAGAAGGGGGAGCUGCCACUCCCACGUGUUGUAUCCAGCAGGAAAAAGGCCCCUCCCAAUCCAUUCGGGUGACCUGCACAGGAUCCUGUGGUGUCUCCAACAAGGCCAACGAUGUGGCAUGGGUGGUGGAGGAGAGCUACUUCAACAGCACCUUGUCUCUGGCUGACAAGGGGAGUCUACCCACAGGAGAGCACAGCUUUCCCUUCCAGUUCCUGCUCCCAGCCACAGCACCCACAUCCUUUGAGGGUCCGUUUGGGAGGAUUGUGCACCAGGUGAGGGCCACGAUUGACACGCCGAGAUUUUCCAAGGAUCACAAAUGCAGCCUGGUAUUCUACAUCUUGAGCCCACUGAACCUGAACAGCAUCCCAGACAUCGAGCAACCCAACGUGGCCUCCACCACUAAGAAGUUCUCCUACAAGCUGGUGAAGACGGGCAGCGUGGUCCUCACAGCUAGCACUGAUCUCCGUGGCUAUGUGGUGGGGCAGGUACUGCGGCUACAGGCUGACAUCGAGAACCAGUCUGGCAAGGACACAAGCCCCGUGGUGGCCAGUCUGCUGCAGAAAGUCUCUUACAAGGCCAAGCGCUGGAUCUAUGAUGUGCGGACCAUCGCAGAAGUGGAGGGCGCUGCUGUCAAGGCCUGGCGGCAUGCUCAGUGGCAAGAGCAGAUUCUAGUACCUGCCUUGCCCCAGUCAGCCCUGCCAGGCUGCAGCCUCAUCCACAUCGACUACUACCUGCAGGUCUCCAUGAAGGUUCCUGAAGCCACUGUGACCCUCCCAGUCUUUGUUGGCAAUAUUCCUGUGAACAGAGUCCCACUAAGCCCACAGCCAGACCCAGGGCCUCUUCCAGGAACCUCAUCACCAGUGGUACCCUCUGCACCGCCCCAGGAGGAGGCUGAGGCUGUGGCUGGUGGUCCGCACUUCUCUGACCUGGUCUCCCUCUGCACCAAGAGCCACUCACAGCAGCAGCCGCUACCUGCUGGCUUGGGUUCUGCGCCUGGUGCCCUGGAGCCCUGUGCUCAGGAUGGUAGCCCUGCCCCCAACUCUCUGCACCCUCCCUUGUGCGUCUCUAUAGGUGCUACUAUCCCCUACUUUGCAGAGGGUUCAGGGGGCCCUCUGCCCACCACCAGCGCCUUGAUCCUUCCCCCGGAGUAUAGCUCGUGGGGCUACCCUUAUGAGGCUCCGCCGUCCUAUGAGCAGAGCUGCGGCAGUGCCGAUCCUGGCCUGACCCCCAGGAGCUGACCCUCCAGAGCUGACCCAUGCUGCCUUCUCCAGCGGGCCAGGCCUUUGCCCUGGGAUAGGAUACCCAGGGCCUCGUGCCUUUGCUCUCUGCCUGGCCCAGCCACUCAGGACCCGCACCUGCCCAGAACCAGCUUCUCCUGGCUCCCCAGAGUCAGCCCUCCUUUUUCCUGGGGGGCUGGGGCAGGGCGGAAAGGGCUUGGAACUUGGAGGGACUGUAAAUAAAGCGCUUUAUUUCUGAAGCUGGGCAGAGGCCCACAUGGGCAUAACCCACCCUCAGACGCCCUCCACCCUCCUGUGUGGACCUCCGGCCCGUUUCCUGGUCCCGCCCAGCCCCUCCCGUCCUUUCCCCUCCCACUCUCCAGCCUUGCCUCUCUGGUACUGACAGUCCUGGAGAUGCACUCUGUCCAGUUUGAGGUGCACUCCGGCUUUCUGGCUGCCACUCAUCAUUCCACACCCCAGGAAACUGUGGGGAAAGGGCUUGCCAGACCUCCGUCACCGGUAGAAUUCUACCCUUGGGCCUCAGGGAGCUACCCUGCUGGUGUAGCUUGUUUGUCAAAGAUUGUGGGCACCACGUGCAGUUUGGUGGGGGCAUCCUGGGCUUUCCUGCAUCUUGUAGGUGGGAGGGAUGCGAAUGCCCUGGAGGCAGCUAAGGUUGACUGGGUCCAAUCCCAGCCAGGAUCCAGUGCAGGGUGAUGGUUCUUGGUGUGUUCACUCUAGUACCUUGGCUGUGUAACAGGCACAUCAGCUCUUGGGGAUGGUCUAGUGCUCUCCUUCACCAGAUCUUCACAAGUAGAGGACAGUGGACACAAGUCUGCCACACAGCUGUCAUUCCCAGGUUGUGGCUUCCAUCUUCUGGUUGGCAAUGUAGUCUUUCACUAGGCAGAUACGUGCAACACACGGAACAAGUAAAAGAUGAGUACUGGAGAACAGCAGAAAAUAGGCUGCAGGUGGUACAGCCCACCUCCUAGAAGUUGGGCUCUCACCUCUGGCCAGCUGUAUAAGCUUGCUGGUGGUCAGCUCCCUUGCUUUAGUUUACUUAUCAAGUGUGGAUAGGGGGCUGGGGAUGUAGCUCAGCCACACAGUGCCUCCCUGGUAAGUGCGAGGGCCUGAGUUCGAUCCCUGGUAUAAAAAGUAAAAAAUAAAUAAAUAAAAUUAAAAUGUGGAUGUGCACAGGGACUGCCUCUCAGGAUGUGAAAUACAUAGCGUAUGCAGCUGCCGGGUAGGUGAUCAGUGACUAUUGGAGGCUAGGCAAGUCUGGCUGAUGGGAAAUGGGAAUGGAAGGCCUUACCAUAGGCUACUUCUGCUGUGCUCAUUCACAGUCAUAUUUCCUUGGUAAAGGGUUUUCCCCACAUUUUAACUCCACACACUCAUUUAACAAAUAUUUAUUUUGUUUCUUGUAUGCAACGUAUUGUUCCAGGCACUAGGCACACAAAACUGGAAAGAAGUAUGUCGAGUAUGUGCCAAGUAAGGGUGUAGGAGAGUCCGGGUUAGAGCCAAGUAAAGCAAGUGUGAGGUGCCUGUCUUAGUUACUUUUCUCAUUGCUGGGACAAAAAUACCUGACACCCACAAGUUAA